AUGGACCCAUGUCCUUUGUGGGUGCUGUUGCUCAAGAAGUUCAGCAUAGGAAAGCUGUCAGCCAUAGAAGUGCAGGAGCUUGCUUCAGCAGCAGUUAAGAGUGGGCUGGAGAGCCAGUGUGUGGGGAAGUUGGCUGAGCUUGGGGCUUGUGGGCAUUCACCUGGCAAUUGCCACAGAGACUUGGUGAGAAAGUAUUUUCGCUUUCUAGAAGCUCCAGAUCCCUGGGAGGUGUAUGGCCCCCUGGCUGUGAAGAAGGGUGGCCAUAGAGUAGAGCAGGUGACUGCCAUUCACCUCCUGCUACCUCACCACUGGGUCCUUCAGGCUGAAGAGAACAACUUCUUGAAGAGUUUGUGCUGCAAGGAUGAAGAAUUAGUUGCUUUCUGGAAGAGCCAAUCUUCAUGCCCCCAGAUGACAGCUGAGCUGAAGAAAGUGAUUGAAACAUCACAACCAAGCCAGCUUCCAGUGCCAUACCUUUUGCAUGGAGAUGCAGCGCCCUUCACAGAGGUGGACAGCAUCCAGGUGCUCAGCUUCAGGUGCUUGCUUUCCAGCAAGGCAGUGACCCAGAGCCAGAUGCUAAUCGCAGCUGUGCCCAAGGCUGCCAUGACCAAGGCAGGGAUGCCCACAGAGAAAUACAAGGGGAAGAGAAUGAGGAGGGGAGUGCUAUGGUCAGUGAGUGGAGAUUUAGAAUGGUUUGCAGCUGAGUUUGGUUUCCCUUAUGCUGCAGCCAACCUUCUCUGCCCCUAUUGCAAUGCAGACCAAUGCAAAGAAGACAGCCCCAGGCCUUUCACAGAUUUCAGGCAAACCGCAGCCUGGAGAGCCAGUGUGCUGUCACCGAGCAAAUUCAAGGAGAAGUUUGGAGCACACCCACUCUUCAGAGCUCCAUGUGUGACCCCUUUGUCCAUUAGGCUGGACAUUUUGCACAUCCUGGACCUUGGUGUAGCAGCAUAUGCACAUGGAUCUUUGCUUUUUAGCAUCAUGGAGAAGUUGCCAGGAGCUGUCAGGCUAACCAACCUGAACAAGAAGAUAGUGGAAGCCUAUGACAAGCUGGGGGUGGCAGCCCAAAAGAGGAUCAAGCACCUGUCUUUGUCAGACCUGGCUGAGAGUGCAGAAGAAUACCCUUGCCUCAAGCACAUCAAAGGAGCUAAAAUUCGCUAUUUUGCCCCAGUAGCUUUGGAGCUGGCCAAGGAGUACAGCAUGGACAAGGCUGGGAAGCACAGGGAAGCAUUGGCAAAGCAGUUGGUCAAGGCAUACCAAGUCUUAGAGUGCAGCUGGCAAGAAUGGCGGUUUGAAACUUUCAAGAAGGCAGUGGAUGAUUUCAUGGCCCACUACAGCUGGCUGGCAGCCAAUGCCUUGGAGGAAGGCUUGCACCUUUGGAGUUUAGUGCAGAAAUCCCAUGUUUUGCUCCAUUUAGCAGAGCAAAGCAAAUUCAUGCACCCCAGCCUGAACUGGACAUAUGGGAGUGAAUCUUUCAUGGGCUGGAUAGUCCAAAUCGCUUCAAGCUGCACAAGUGGCACUCCAGCUGAGAAGCUUCCCUUGAAGGCUGGAAAGCUUUCUCCACAGCCCUUUCUGGUUCUGGUAGCCCUGCCCAAAAAAGAGAAGCUCCUGUGCCAUGGAAGCAGUGCCCAAGAGAAGGAAAGUGAGCUGGGUGAAGGCUGA